CGCCUCUCCACGCUGACCUUCCGGGCGGCGGCGGCGCUGGCGGCCAGGAUCGAGUCCACCGCGCCAGGAUCCCAGCCCAGCCGGGUGGCGCUUGUCGCGGCGCCGACGGCCCCCGCGUGGAUGUGGAGGCUGCGCGCCAACCUGGAGGAAUGCGCCAUGUCCCAGUAUUCGGCGCGGUCCCUGCACAGGUACCAGGAGCCCGAACACGGGCCGGCGCGGGCGGGCAGGAAGUGGCGCAUCCGCACGCACCUCACAGAGGCCGUCGACCCCCGGCUGGCAAAGGUCGAGUUAGGAUGGCGCACGCGCGAGGCGGCCAUCUACCCGUCGCGGGGCGACGGCACGGCGAUCCAGGCGGCGACCACGACAUCGGCCCGGGCGCGGGCGCAGCUGCGCCUCCAGGGCCGCCUCGCCGUUAUCUCCCGCGACGGGCUCCACCCUCUAGAGGGGUGCCGCCACGCCGAGGCGGCGGCCCGCGAGCUCGGGGCGCCGCAGCCAGGCCGCCCCGUCGCCGCCGCCGCCGGAUGGCCCGCGCGCUGGGCCUGCGCCACCGGCAGGCGCGCCGCUGGCUGA